GCUAGAGGACGCCGGUCUCCGGCCGUGGAGGGUCAAGUGGCGGCUUCUGAACGCUGAGGAAGGAGAGCGUGCGUAGGGGAUGGUGCCGGCGCUGCGUUAUUUGGUUGGUGCCUGCGGACGGGCCCGCGAGGGUUUCGCCGGGGGCUUCCUUGGGGCGUGCGGGUCGGCGUCUGGGAGGCCCCGACCGCUGUGUGGAGGUGGCCGCAGCGCCAGCACCAGCUCGUUUGAUAUAGUCAUUGUUGGUGGCGGAAUUGUGGGGCUUGCCUCUGCCAGAGCACUCAUCCUGCGACAUCCAUCACUUUCUAUUGGUGUUCUGGAAAAGGAGAAAGAUUUAGCUGUUCACCAGACUGGACAUAACAGUGGUGUCAUACAUAGUGGAAUUUAUUAUAAACCUGAGUCUCUGAAAGCCAAAUUAUGUGUACAAGGUGCAGCCCUUCUCUAUGAAUACUGUCAGCAAAAGGGAAUUUCCUACAAGCAGUGUGGCAAGCUUAUAGUAGCUGUUGAACAAGAAGAAAUUCCCAGACUUCAGGCCCUGUAUGAGAGAGGCCUCCAGAAUGGUAUCCAGGGCCUGAGGCUGAUCCAGCAGGAGGAUAUAAAAAAGAAGGAGCCAUAUUGUAGGGGUCUAAUGGCAAUUGAUUGUCCACAUACUGGCAUUGUGGACUAUCGGCAGGUGGCUUUGUCAUUUGCCCAGGAUUUCCAAGAAGCAGGUGGCUCUGUCUUGACUAAUUUUGAAGUAAAAGAUAUUGAAAUGGCUAAAGAAAGUCCUUCAAGAAGUAUAGAUGGAAUGCAAUAUCCGAUUGUUAUAAAGAAUACAAAGGGAGAGGAAAUUCGAUGUCAGUAUGUUGUGACAUGUGCAGGACUUUACUCAGACCGUAUUUCAGAGUUGAGUGGCUGCACUCCUGAUCCUCGAAUUGUACCAUUCCGGGGAGAUUACCUGCUCUUGAAGCCGGAAAAAUGUUAUCUUGUAAAAGGAAAUAUUUAUCCGGUCCCAGAUAGCCGGUUUCCUUUCCUAGGAGUUCACUUCACACCAAGGAUGGAUGGCAGUAUUUGGCUAGGUCCUAAUGCAGUUCUUGCCUUUAAACGAGAGGGUUACAGACCCUUUGACUUCAGUGCCACAGAUGUUAUGGAUAUAAUUAUUAAUAGUGGCUUGAUUAAACUGGCAUCCCAGAAUUUUUCCUAUGGAGUUACUGAAAUGUAUAAAGCGUGUUUUCUUGGUGCAACAGUGAAGUAUCUUCAAAAAUUCAUCCCUGAAAUUACUGUCAGUGAUAUACUUAGGGGCCCAGCUGGAGUAAGAGCCCAAGCCCUGGAUAGAGAUGGAAAUCUGGUAGAAGAUUUUGUAUUUGAUGCAGGAGUUGGGAAUAUUGGAAAUCGUGUUCUUCAUGUGAGAAAUGCACCUUCCCCUGCUGCUACUUCUUCCCUUGCAAUUUCUGGAAUGAUUGCAGAUGAAGUACAACAAAGAUUUGAAUUGUAAAUAAUGAAAGGAGCUAGAUGGAGUUUCACUCUUGUUGCCCAGGCUUGAGUGCAAUGGUGAAAUCUUGGCUCACUGCAACCACUGCCUCCCAGGUUCAAGCGAUUCUCCUACCUCAGCCUCCUGAGUAGCUGGGAUUACAGGUGCCCACCACCAUGCCUGGCUAAUUUUUUUGUAUUUUUAGUAAAGAUGGGGUUUUGCCAUGUUGGCCAGGGUGGACUUGAAUUCCUGACCUUAGGUGAUCCACCCGCCUCAGCCUCAAAGUGCUGGGAUUACAGGUGUGAGCCACUGCACCCAGCCCUGAAUCCCUGACUUUGUUAAUGACCUGUCCUUACCAACUAUGACCUAGAGAAGAUUUAGCUUUUCAAGAAUUUUGGAGAACGAUGGCAUAAAAAUGGGUUAUUUCCUUAAAUCAGUUUUUUAGCAUUAUACUACCUAAGCUCGUUUGGUCUCUCACAGACAAGGAAAUACAUCAUAUUGUAGGUUGCAUUCUUUUAAUUUCGAAGAGUCACAAAACUCACAUUAUUUAGAGCAACAAUAUUUGUAUUUAGAAAUUAAAAAUUCAUGAUUUCAA